AUGGUGGAACGACUGCCGCGGGCUGCGUCCUGCUGGGACCCCUCGGCUACCAGGCUCGUCCCCCACCUGCCCCGCACUAGCGCCCUCCCGAUGCAAAAAGUUGGACGAUUUGGGAGGAUGCCCCUUUCCUAUGCCUCUACUCCGAGGAGAGAGGCCAUGGCGGCGGUGUUUUUGCCCGGCAAUCUCCAGGAUGAAGCUACUUGCUCCGUCUGCCUGGAGUUCUUCAAAGACCCCGUGUCCAUUGAGUGUGGGCACAACUUCUGCCGGGCAUGCAUCAUCAAGAGUUGGAAAGACCUAGAGAUGGAUUUUCCGUGCCCGCAAUGCCGUGAAGUCUUCCAGCAGAAGAGUUUCAGACCCAACCGGCAGUUGGCAAACAUGUCCGAGAUCAUCAGCCAGUUCACUCUCCGUGGGGCCAAGGGUGCCGAGGAGGACGGGCUCUGCGUGAAACACAGGGAAGCCCUGAAACUCUACUGCAAGGACGAUCGGAAAACCAUCUGCGUGGUGUGCGACAGGUCCCGGGAGCACCGGCCGCACGCCGUGGUACCCAUCGAUGAGGCAUCCGAGGAGUACAAGGAGAAAAUCCAGGGACGCUUGGAUUUCCUGAAAAAGGAGAGGCAAGAGCUGCUGGAGUUUAAAGUGAACGAUGAUAAGAAAACCCAGGAGCUCUUGAAAACCAUCGAGAACGAGCGGCAGAAGCUGCUCUUGGAGUUCGAAAGGCUACGGCAGUUCCUGCGUGACCAGGAGCACAUCCUCCUGGGGCAACUGGAGAAGAUGGAGAAGAACAUCGCCAAGAGACAGAAUGAGAACAUCACCGACCUCUCCAAGGAGAUCACCCUCCUCAACAAGCUCAUCACGGAGCUGGAGGAGAAAAUCCAGCAGCCCAUGCUCGAGUUCCUCAAGGAUGUAAUGAGCAUCAUAAGCAGAAGUGAUGACGUGAAGUGCCAGAAACCUGUACCAGUAUGCACGGAUAUGAAAAUGCACGUCUGCAACUUCUCCCUCAAGACUGUCGUCCUUGAGAAAGUCUUAAAGAAAUUCAGAGAAAACCUGCGAGAUGAACUGGGAAGAGGUGAAAAAGAGGACCUGACGCUGGACCCCGAUUCAGCAAACCAUCUACUCAUCCUCUCCGCAGACCUCAAGAGCGUGAGGAUGGGCUGUAGGAAACAGGACCUCCCCGACAACCCCAAGAGAUUCGACACAAACUCGCGGGUGCUGGCUACCACAGGCUUCAAGUCUGGAAGACAUUACUGGGAAGUGGAGGUGGGGGCCUCAGACGGUUGGGCCUUCGGGGUGGCCAAGGAGUCCGUCAGGAGGAAAGGUCUGACGCAAUUUUCCCCUGAAGAAGGGAUUUGGGCGGUGCAGCAAAACGGAGGUCGCUAUUGGGCGGUCACCUCGCCCCAACGCACCCCGCUGUGCCUCAGCCAGAAACUUAAUAAAGUCAGGGUGUACCUGGAUUAUGAAGGGGAAGAAGUCUCCUUCUACAACGCUGACAACAUGCAACACAUCUUCACCUUCAACGUUGCCUUCCAGGAGAAGGUUUUCCCUCUCUUUUCAGUCUGUUCCACCGUUACCUACAUCAAACUGUGCCCCUGA